AAUGCCAGGUUUUUGUGACAAGAAAACAAGUGAGGGAGGCUGCCAAGAGACAGAAGAAGCUGCAGGAGGUUCAGGCAAGUACUGGCAGUUAGUACAUGUGACGACAAUCUCUCAUCUUUAUAUUUCUGGGCUGUAGGGUGGGAUGGCAAGAGAAUCCUUAUCUUAAAAGGGAAGAAACCCACACGUGAGAGGCUUGUUGAACCCAAGGUUGAACCAUUUGGCCAUAAUUUCAAAAGUUCUGUUUGGUGCAACCACAACACUGCUCCUCAACUUUGGAGGUCUCUCUCUCUCUCGCUCUCGCUGUCUCUGUCUCUCUCUCUCUCUCGCUCUCAGCUGGUACAGGACUCUUACUCAAUGUGGAGGGAAUUAUGAACAGUUCCAAAUACUGUACCAGUCAGUGUUCGCAUAAAACAUUCAGGGUUCUGCUAGAAAGCUAAACAAAUGUCAGGAAACUUGUGCUGACAACCAUUUAACAAGAGUUUGAAUGUGAUUGUUUAAUUCUGAACACAGCCACAUGCUGUUAUUAGAGGGUGAGCACAUUUGAGCAACCACUGUCUCAGUUGUUUAUUUUUACUUUCCCUCUCUUCAGAGUUCAUUUUUUCUCAAUUGGAUUGUACAGGUUGUAAGUCACAAUGGUGGAAUUUUUAAAAUUUUUCUUUUUUAUGUCACUGAAACCUGGCAUCUAAACAGGGGUGUGUAGAUAUUUUAUAUUGCCUGUAAAUGAACAAAAGUCAGACUUAUCCAUUGAGGAGUUGGACUAGAUCCAUUAGUUUCCCCUUUAAUUUUAUGCUUCUAAUGUUGAGUGAACACUUUUCUAUCCCAGUAUGAGGUUCUGUAAAGGCAUGCACUGAUGAGUUUGGUGUGGAAGAAAAUGGACAGAACCCUGACAUUAACACCAUCAAAAACCAAAAUUAGAACAGAGAUUGUGAGCCAGACCCUAGCUGGCGUCCAACAGCAGUGACUUUACAUGGAUGAUGAAUGGACAAAGUAGUCCCAUUGACACUCCAAAAUGCAGAAAGCAUGGAAGCUAUUGACAAAUUUGAGAUUUUCCUCAAUUCUCAAGUGUUCAUGUGGCCAGGGGUCCUAUUGGUUUUGUUUUACAGCUAUUCUACCCCACAAAAAGAUCAGUUCAAAAUGUUUAGUUGGAUUGUGAGUAGAUGUAAACUUGAUACCAAUACUACUUCUCGAAGUUCAAAAAGGCAUCACAGUUUCUUUGAGCAGCACACAAGUUCUCCAAAAUCUUGCAUGUUAUAAGGUUUCAUCCAAAUAUUUGAACAUACUCAUUGAUAAGUCUUCCUUCAGGUGGUGUGUGGAGAGUGGAGUCUAAGGCGAGGCAAGGUCACAGCAUCCACAGCCACACUGAAACCCCUCAAGUAACAGAGGCAAGUCCUUUAGGAUGUUUUACCCUGUUUUAAAAAGGCUUCUGAUUGAGUCAAUAGUUUUAGCUCAUCAUGUACGCACACUCUUGAAAUGUUAUGGAUUUGACUGAUGGAUGGUCAAUUUGAACAUCAGUUAAAUUGUUCAGAAAUUAUCUACAAACUGUCCAUUCUGCUCCUCCAAGUUUAAAAAAAUGUGUGACGUUAAAUAUGAGCGUGGCAUCUUUGUUUCCUAAAUGAUAUGUCCUGUAGUCCAGACCAUUUAACAGUUCCUGGUCAGCUAGCUACAGGUAUUUGCUGGGGAGGCACAUUGUCCGGCCCAUAGUGGGCUUUGGAAGUGGAGGGCACGUUGAUGUUGGGGUCCCCGUUGUUGGCAGUGUCCACGUGGUUGUUUUUGCUGAGGGUCUUGAUGAUAUUCAGAUUGCUUCGAGCCGUUUCUAUGAAGCUGUUCUCCAGCAGCCAGCCGUCAGACUCGCAGUCGGGGUCUCCAAGUCUCAGCAUAUUCUCCAAGGAUGUCUGGAGGUAACGUACACCUGUCAACACCGACAGCUAAAACAAGACACAAGAGAGUCAUUGAUCUCUUGGAUUUCAAACAGGUACAUUUAUAGCACAUAAAAUGUGGAUGUAUAAUACAAUCCCAAUUCCAAUGAAGUUGGGAUGUUGUGUUAAACAUAAAUUAAAAUAGAAUACAAUGAUUUGCAAAUCAUGUUCAACCUAUAUUUAAUCUAAUACACUACAAAGACUAGCUAUUUAAUGUUCAAACUGAUAAACUUUAUUGUUUUUAGCAAAUAAUCAUCAUCUUAGAAUUUUAUGCCUGCAACACGUUCCAAUAAAGCUGGGGCAAUGCCCAUCGAGACAAUGGUUCUAAAGAAAAUGAGUUGGACUAAGUUAAAGGAUGACAUGAGACCUAGAAACCUUCUGGCAUGUUAACAUGAAUGAACAACUUUGUUACUAUGCCAACAAUGUAUUGUGACAUGUAGAACAAUGAAUUACUUUUCCAUCAGAUGGCAGAAGGUCCAAUUAAGAAACCAGAAAGAAGUCCAGAUGUCACACUGAGAUUUAUUUAUGAGUAAAUUGAGACGAGAUCAUCCUAAUUUUAGUAUUCUGUAUACACUUUUCUUUAAACGAUGCCUUUUCUGUUUGGUGGUGUGCUGUAAGAAUGUAAAAUAUGUGACUCAUUGGCUCAAUAAAGGUUGGGAAACAGUGAUCCAGAAGACUGCAAUGACUGACCUCAAAGAGCCAUGUGAUCAGUACUGUGAGACCGAUGGAAUGUAUGAUGCCACUGUAGUAGUCCAAGAGAGCCUGGUGACACCCUUUGGUCCACAGGUUGAGCUGCUCCGUUUGGUGGUCGUAGUUGAAGUGGGCCGAGUUGUUCCUAAUCUGCUGCUGGAUGCACGGCCGUGGGGAGUUGAUGUUGCAGCAGCUGAAGGGGACACCGUCCAUCAGUGCUCAUAAUUGAGAAGGGACCGUGAUGACGUCGACACCUGCGACGGGUCGUGCGACUGACACGCGACAAAACACUGUUACCGAGCGGCUAAGAAACUAAGUUCUAGUUUGAGUUUAAAAAAAAAAAAAAAGGAGUGAAAAGCUUAAAGUUGAGAUUUACUGAAGAUUCGCCUUCCGCUUUCUCGGCUGAGUGUGAGAGUCACAGGGCUGAGGAGGGCUGCCAUGUAGGCGCGGCGGAAGGAGAAUGAGUGGUCAAUUCUUUCCCACAGAGACCACAGAUGACCACACGGUCCAACAGCAAAAUGAGUUGGAGGCGCUCGCAUCCAUUUUCGAAGAAGACUUCCAGGAUCUGCGACAAAAUGAUCCGUGGAAGGUCAAAAGACCUCCUGAGGUGCACCUCUGUUUGCGCCCUAAAAGCCUGAACCACAGUCAAGAAUGUUACGUGACAGUAGACCUUCAGGUCAAAUGCCCAACCAACUACCCAGACGUGCCUCCAGAGCUGGAGCUGACGAAUGUCAAAGGUCUGUCAAAUGAUAACCUGCAGACCCUCCAGAAUGAACUCACCAAACUGGCAGCGGCACGAUGUGGAGAGGUGAUGAUUUAUGAGCUGGCAGAUCAUAUCCAGGGAUUCUUGAGCGAGCACAACAAACCUCCUCCGCGCUCCUUCCACGAAGAGAUGCUGAAGAAUCUUCGCAGACAGCAGGAAGCACGAGAGCUGGAGGAGAAGCAAAGGAGAGACCAACGGCGCAAGCAAGAGGAGGACAUGGAAAAAGAAAUAAUGGCUGAAAUCCAUCGACGAGAGGAGGAAAAACGAGAGGAAAAGAGGAGAAAGGAGAUUGCCAAACAGGAGCGAUUUGAGAGUAUGGAGCAACUAAUCCCUACUAGCGUAUUGGGAAAGAGCCCACCCAGUUCAUGUGGAACUCCUCCUGACAUCACAGACACCAAGAAAGCAGUCCCAAACCGUCGACGGAAUGCCUCAAGUACAGGUCACAGAUGUGACACAAUCAGUGAAGACAACUCACACAUGCAGGAGCGUCUUCACUUCAUCAGCAGUACCUUUGGAGAACUCACUGUCCUUAGAGGGAGACAUUUAGGAGAGAGCGAGAGUCUUGGCCGGAACGUUUAUAAUGGGUUUGAGGUGAAUUCAGGUGACUUUGCAGUAAUUUAUGAGUGGUCACUGCGCUGGAACAAGAAAAUGGGAAAGUUCUUCACCAGCCAGGAGAGAGGAAAAAUUGAGAACUGCAAAAAGCAGAUCCAUGCGGCAGAAAAUGAGUUCAACUCCCUCCUGCGACUUGAGCACCCAAACCUGGUGCACUUCAGGGCACUGAACUCCAGUGAGAAGGAAGACUCCCUCGUGGUGGACCUGCUGGUUGAGCAUGUGCCCGGCAUCAACUUGAACCAAAGCCUCCUCAAUCACACCCCCAUCCCUCUGGACAAACUCUGCCAUUAUACUGCCCAGCUGCUUGCUGCACUUGACUACCUGCACUCAAACUCUGUGGUCCACAAACAUUUGGGGACCUCCAGUGUGCUGUUGGACUCUGAAGGGAACGUUCGAUUGACUGAUUACAGCUUAUCCAAGAGAUUCUCUGAUAUCUGUAAAGAAGAUAUUUUUGAGCAGGCGCAUGUGCGUUUCUCUGAGGCCACUGCAAUGCCCACCAAGACUGGCAAAAAGGGGGAUGUGUGGAACUUGGGACUGAUGCUGCUGGCUCUAAGUCAAGGCAAGGAGGUGAAAGAGUAUCCCGUGACAGUGCCCUCCAACCUGCCUGCUGACUUCAAAGACUUCCUCCAUAAGUGCGUCUGCCUGAAUGAUGUUGAUCGAUGGACAACCCAGCAACUCUUGGACCACAACUUCCUUAAGCCUCCAUCACCUAAAAACCAGCCUCACUUCCAGGAUAGUAGCCCAGAAGUGCUUGCUGUGGACUUUGCAUCAUCAGUAAUCCCACGUAGCCAUAUUCUUAAUGCUCCAUUCAGUCCAGGAGUGCAAAGACAAUUUUCUCGCUACUUCAAUGAGUUUGAGGAACUUCAUCUUUUGGGGAAAGGGGCCUUUGGUGCCGUGAUUAAGGUUCAGAAUAAUCUUGAUGGUUGCUACUAUGCUGUGAAGCGCAUCCAAGUCAACCCUGCCAGCAAGCAAUUCAGACGCAUCAAAGGCGAAGUGACGCUGCUGUCGCGUCUCAACCAUGAGAACAUUGUGCGCUACUACAAUGCGUGGAUCGAGAGGAGUGAAGUGCCAUCCACGGGGGUGCUGAGCCACACCGAUAGCUCAGAGCCUCAGAGCACUGCUGACAAGCCCCCUCCGGUCCAGAAACCUCUGCCCCAGCUCAAUGAGCUGGGCCUUGCUGACAAUGUGGAGGACAUUGCACCACCUCCAGCCCUGUCUAGCUCAGUGGAAUGGUCCACGUCUAUUGAAAGGUCUUCCAGUGCUAAAUGUGGUCGAAACCAGUCAAGUGAUGAAGAAGAAGACGACGAUGAGGAGGAUGAUGUGUUCGGCGCCUCUUUUUUGCCAUCAGAUGACUCCAUCAGCGAUGUCAUCUUUGGCAAUGGCGACGAUAGCACAGAUGAGAUGUCGCAGCGUGAGUCAAGCAAAAGGCCAUUGAGUGAAACAUCGGAAAGUGCAGACUCUGAUCGACCUUUUGUCAUAGUGCAUUACUUGUACAUACAAAUGGAAUACUGUGAAAAAAGCACUUUGCGUGACACAAUCGACCAAGGUCUGCAUCAGGACCAAAAUCGUCUCUGGAGGCUCUUCAGGGAAAUCCUAGACGGUCUUUCUUACAUCCACGAACAGGGGAUGAUUCACAGAGACCUGAAGCCUGUCAACAUCUUCCUUGACUCCCAAGAUCAUGUUAAAAUUGGUGAUUUUGGCCUGGCUACGGACCAUCCAGCCACUGUGGCUGCAGGUAAAUUUGAAGUGGAAGAGAGUGGUUCUGCAGCACUGCAAAAACUGGACCCAACAGGAAACCUGACUGGCAUGGUUGGUACAGCCCUCUAUGUUAGUCCAGAAGUUCAAGGAAAUACCAAAGCUAUGUACAAUCAAAAAGUUGAUUUGUUCAGCCUUGGUAUCAUCCUUUUCGAGAUGUCUUACCCGCCGAUGAUCACUGGGGCUGAGCGAAUUUCUGUCCUGAGCCAACUCCGUGCAGAGGCCAUUCACUUCCCUGAUGACUACGAUAGAUAUGAGCAAGGAACGCAGAGGAAGGUGAUAGAGUGGCUUCUGAAGCAUGACCCUGUACUGCGGCCCACUGCCCAGGAGCUGCUCAAGAGUGAACUGCUGCCUCCACCCCAGAUGGAGGAGUCCGAGCUGCAUGAAGUGUUACAGCACACAAUGGCCAAUAUCAACUGCAAAGCUUACCGCAGCAUGGUGGGACAGUUGUUUGCUCAGAUUAAUUCACCAGUUAUGGAUUUCACCUACGACAUAGACCUUCAUAAGGGCAGCUUCAACCUCAGCAGCGCCAGAUUGCAGCAGUAUGUGUAUGAGACAAUCACCAGGAUUUUCAAGAAGCACAGUGCAGUGCGCCUGCAGACACCGCUGCUGCUUCCCAAACACAGGAAGCUCUGUGAAGGCAGCGAGCCGGCCUGUUUCAUGGACCACAGUGGUAUGCUGGUGACGCUGCCCUACAACCUUCGUAUGGCGUUUGCAAGAUAUGUCGCCCGAAACAACAUAACACAUCUAAAGAGGUACAGCAUUGAUCGCGUCUUUCGGCCCAGGAAGCUGGAUCGCGCUCACCCAAGGGAGCUUCUCGAGUGUGCCUUUGACAUCAUCACAUCCAUCACCAACAGCCUGCUCCCAGAUGCCGAGACCAUUUACACCAUCUCUGAAAUAGUCCAGGAAUUCCCUGCACUUCAGGAGAGGAAUUACAACAUUUACCUGAACCAUACGAGUUUGCUGAAGGCCAUCCUGCUUCACAGCGGAAUCCCAGAGGACAAACUGAACCAGGCCUCCAACAUACUAUGUGAUGCCAUGAGUGAAAAGAUGACCAAACGUGAAGUAGAAGCAAAGUUCUGCAACUUUUCAUUGUCGACAAACAGUUUGCAGGUGUUGUACAAGUACAUAGAACAGAAGGGAACUCUGAAAGAAGUGGCACCAUUGCUGACUUCACUCACCAAGCAGAAGACGGCUGUCAUGCAGCUGGCCAAGCAGGCCCUCAAGGACCUGGAGGAGGUCACGGUGCUGCUUCAGAGACUUGGAGUGAAACUGCCAGUGGUAGUCAAUUUAGGUUUAGUGUACAAGGUGCAGCACCACUCUGGGAUCAUCUUCCAGUUUGUGGCCUUCAUCAAGAAGCGCAAACGGACUGUACCAGAUAUACUGGCCGCUGGAGGACGCUACGACCACCUGAUCCUGGAAUUUCGUGGGCCCGCAACCACUGUGCCAGUGCCCUCUGCGGUAGGUGCCAGCGUGGCGUUGGACAAAGUCUGUGCUGUGGUGGCUAGCAUGGAGGAGCCACCAUCCGUAAGCUCUUGUGAUGUCCUUGUGGUCCCAGUUGGACAUUCGUCUAUGUCCAGAGCCAUCAGUGUUGUCCAGAAGCUGUGGAGCAAUGGUGUGUCUGCAGAUAUUGCCUAUGAUGUCUCACAGUCUCAGGAGACGUUGCUGGACCACUGCCGCGUGGCUGGCAUCCCGUUCAUGGCCAUGUUAUCUGACAAAGAGGGUAACUACGUGAAGGUCAAAUCUUUUGAGAAGGACAGACAGUCUGAGAAAAGGGUUCCUGAGUUAGAAGUGGUAGACCACAUCAUUCAGAAAUUUCGGACCAAAUUCUUAGAGGAAAGAUGCAUCAGGGAAAUAUCUGAAAGCAUCGGCCAGAACCCCAAAGGCUCAUCCCAGCUGAACACCACAGGUUCUUCUGAGCAGCAUGGGAGCAAUUGUAGCAUGAACAUGAAUGUGAAUGUCAUCAGUUUGGAGAAAGUGUCUGCCAGUACAAGACGGCGCUUUGAAACUCAGAUUCACACCAGAUUACAGACUCUUGCAAGCAGUUUGCAAAAUAGGAGUAGUGACAUUGAAGUUCUGGCAGUAGACCUUCAGAAGGAAACACUGAUCAACUUCCUUUCGCUGGAGUUUGAGAACGAGGAGCAGUACAACAGUAGUGUGAAGAGUCUGCUCUCACGUCUCCCCAAGCAGCGCUACUUGAAGUCCAUCUGCGACGAGAUCCACACUUUCAAAAUGAUCAAAAGGGUGGCUGUGGUAGUCUUGUAUAGCUUGAAGGAUGACUACUACAAGACCCUCCUGUGAAAACCAUUGUGUUCCCUGACCUGGGCCACUUCCUGCUUCCAGCUCAGGAAUUAUUCACCUUUGGACUUGAAGAAUGCGUGCUUAGAUGUCGACGAGCACUUGACCCCAAAGACACUCUUCGCUACCUUCAUCAUACCGCAGCUUUGUUGAUGAAACUUUAGUACCAUGGCAUAAGAAGGUUUCUGCACUUGAAUAUUAAUACUUGAGUAGGCUUUUGUUUUUUAAAACUGAAAACAUUUUUUUGUAAUAAGGAGCAGGACUGUAAGUAGGAAUAAAUUAAUUCCUUACAUGCUGUGAUCUUGUGUGUUCUUACUGUUCUCUGUCGAAAACCCCACUUGUCAUCCUAACAUUGUGUUG